AUGAGCCUCGAGGUUCAGCGCAUCCUCCACCACGAAAAGUCUCUCUUCCAGGACGUCCUCGUCUUCGAGUCGACCACCUUCGGCAACGUCCUCGUCCUCGACGGUGUCAUCCAGUGCACCGAGCGCGAUGAGUUCUCCUACCAGGAGAUGAUCGCUCACCUUCCCAUCGCAUCGCACCCCAACCCCGAGCGUGUCCUCGUCAUCGGCGGCGGUGACGGUGGUGUGCUCCGUGAGGUCGUCAAGCACGAUUCGGUCAAAGAGGCCGUCCUCUGCGACAUUGACGAGGCUGUUCCCCGUGUCUCGAAGCAGUAUCUUCCUCACAUGGCUGAGGGUCUUACCCACCCCAAGUCCACCGUCAUCAUCGGCGACGGUUUCAAAUUCCUCCAGGACCCCAAGAACAAGGCAAGCUUCGACGUCAUCAUCACCGACUCGUCCGACCCGGUCGGUCCCGCCGAGGCUCUCUUCCAGCAGCCCUACUUUGCCCUUCUCAAGGGCGCCCUUAAGCCAGGAGGACACAUUUCUACUCAGGCCGAGUGUGUCUGGAUCCACCUCAACCUCAUCGGCGAGCUUCGUCGAUCCACCAAGGAGCUCUUCCCCGUUGCCGACUACGCUUUCACCACCAUCCCCACCUACCCUUCAGGUCAGAUCGGCUUCGUCGUCUGCUCGCUCGACGCCAACCGCAACGUGCGCGAGCCUCUGCGCGAAGUACCCAACUGCCGAUACUACAACUCGCAGGUGCACAAGGCUGCGUUCACCGUCCCCGAGUUCGCUCGCAAGGUCAUCGAGGAUGGCGCACCCGCCCCUGGCCGUGUCAUCCCCACUGGCGAAGGCAUCGCCAAGACCAAGCGUGCUCCCAAGAAGAUCCUGCUUCUCGGCUCUGGCUACGUCGCUGGUCCUUUUGCUUCGUACGUGACCCGCUUCCCCGAGUACAGCCUCACUGUUGCUUCGUCCAAGAUCGAGCACUCGCAGCGCCUCACCGAAGGCCUCCACAACGCUACUGCUGCCGCCGUCGACGUCAACGAUGCAGCCGCGCUCUCCGAGAUCGUCAAGGGCCACGACAUUGUCAUCUCUCUCAUCCCUUACAUCUACCACGCCGCUGUGAUCAAGGCUGCCUGCGAGCACAAGGUCAACGUUGUCACCACCUCGUACGUCUCGGACGCCAUCCGUGCUCUCGAGUCCGAGAUUCAGAAGGCAGGCAUCACCGUCAUGAACGAGAUUGGCCUCGACCCUGGUCUCGACCACCUCUACGCUGUCAAGGCCAUCGACGAUGUCCACGCCGAAGGUGGCAAGAUCAAGUCUUUCCUCUCCUACUGCGGUGGUCUGCCCGCUCCUGAGGCUGCUGACAACCCGCUCGGCUACAAGUUCUCGUGGUCGUCGCGUGGUGUUUUGCUCGCGCUCCGAAACACCGCCAAGUUCUGGCAAAGUGGCAAGGAGCUCACCGUUUCCGGCCCCGAGCUCAUGGCUGCUGCCGACAGCUUCUACAUCAAUCCCGCCUUUGCCUUCGUCGCCUACCCCAACCGUGACUCGACUCCCUUCAAGCAGUGGUACAACAUCCCCGAAGCUGAGACCGUUAUCCGUGGUACCCUCCGAUACCAGGGCUUCCCCGAGUUCAUCCUUGCUCUCGUCAAGCUCGGCUUCCUCGACGAGGAGUCCAAGCCCUUCCUCGCCUACAACACCAAGGCCUCGUGGGCUGAGGUCACCGCCAAGAUGGUUGGCGCCUCGUCCACUUCCGAGACCGACCUCAUCGCCGGUGUCAAGUCCAAGGUUUCGUUCAAGUCGGCUCAGCAGGAGGAGACUAUCAUCCGCGGUCUUCGAUGGCUCGACCUCUUCUCCACCACCGCUCCCGUCACUGUCCGCGGCACCGCCGCUCAGGAGGCCGAGAAGGUGGCCGGCAACCCGCUCGACUCGCUCUGCGCUACGCUCGAGGAGAAGUGCGCCUACGCACCCGGUGAGCGCGACAUGGUCAUGCUCCAGCACAAGUUCGAGAUCGAGACCGCCAACGGCGAGCACAAGACGCUCACGUCGACCUUGCUCGACUACGGUAUCCCUCACGGUGUUUCGUCGAUGGCCAAGCUCGUCGGUGUGCCUUGCGCCAUCGCUACCCGCCUGAUCCUCGAAGGUCACCCUGCUCUUUCCAAGACUGGUAUCCUUGCUCCUUACACCAAGGAUAUCUGCGACCCUAUCCGUCUCGAGCUCGAGAAGGAGGGCAUCGCUCUCGAGGAGCGAUACGUGUAG